AUGAUCAAAGAGACUACUGAGAAUAUGAAAACGAUUCGCCAACGACUUUUUGAGGCUCAAAAGAGAACAACCGAACAGGUUAAGGUGAUUCGCCAAAGUAUCGCCACGUCGAGGCUUGUCACAUUUUGGGAAGAAGGGAAAGCUUUCACCGCGUAUAUCGGUCCAUUUGACGUUAUCGAGAAAAUCGGGGAGGUUGCGUACCGUUUGGCCUUGCCGCCAAGAUUAUCGAAUGUGCACGAUGUGUUUCACGUAUCUAUGUUAAGAAAGUACGAACCGGAUCCGUCACAUGUGUUAGAAUGGUCCGAAUUUGAAUUGGAAGCCAACGCAUCUUACGGAGAAGAGCCGAUAUGUAUCCUGGAUACGCAUGAUCAAGUGUUGAGGGGUAAGACGAUACCACUAGUGCGAGUGUUGUGGAAGAGUCAGGGUAGCGAGGAAUCGACGUGGGAACGAGAAGAUGAAAUUAGGGAGAAGUAUCCGUACCUAUUUUCGGAAUGA